CGCCUCAUUCCAGCCAUCCGUCUCUACAAUGAGAGCCACCCGCCGCCUUAGCCACAGUCCCAUGGGGGGGCCUUGGGCCUAGGACAUGCUGUGGUCUUAGAGCAAGGGCAGCCACUGCCUGCUGGACCUCACCAGCCAUGAAUGCCCACACCAAGGAGAUGGUGCCCCUCAUGGGCAGAAGAGGGGCCAUCCCUGGGGGGAACCCUGCUGUCCUGCCCGAGAAGAGGCCGGCUGAGAUCACCCCCACCAAGAAGAGUGCACACUUCUUCCUGGAGAUAGAAGGGUUCGAGCCCAACCCCACUGUUACCAAGACCUCUCCCCCCAUCUUCUCCAAGCCUAUGGACUCCAACAUCCGGCAGUGCCUCUCUGGCAACGGAGAUGACAUGGACUCCCCACAGUCUCCUCAGGACGAUGUGACAGAGACCCCCUCCAGCCCUAACAGCUCCAGUGCAAACCUGGCCAAGGAGGAGCAGAGGCAACAACGGAAGCGGCUGAAGAGGCGCAUCUUCGCGGCCGUGUCUGAGGGUUGCGUGGAGGAGCUGCUGCAGGGGCUGGUGGAGCUGCAGGAGCUUUGCAAACGGCGCCGUGGCCUAGACAUGCCUGACUUCCUCAUGCACAAGCUGACAGCCUCGGACACAGGGAAGACCUGCCUGAUGAAGGCCUUGUUGAACAUCACCCCCAACACCAAGGAGAUCGUGCGGAUCCUGCUCACCUUCGCUGAGGAGAACGACAUCCUGGACAGGUUCAUCAACGCUGAGUACACUGAGGAGGCCUAUGAAGGGCAGACGGCGCUGAACAUCGCCAUCGAGCGGCGGCAGGGCGACAUCACUGCGGUGCUCAUCGCGGCCGGCGCCGACGUCAACGCCCACGCCAAGGGGUUCUUCUUCAACCCCAAGUACCAGCACGAAGGCUUCUACUUCGGUGAGACACCCCUGGCACUGGCAGCGUGCACCAACCAGCCUGAGAUCGUGCAGCUGCUGAUGGAGAAUGAGCAGACGAACAUCACCUCACAGGACUCACGGGGAAACAACAUCCUGCAUGCGCUGGUGACCGUGGCCGAGGACUUCAAGACGCAGAAUGACUUUGUUAAGCGCAUGUAUGACAUGAUCCUGCGGAGGAGUGGCAACUGGGAGCUGGAGACUAUGCGCAACAACGACGGGCUCACGCCGCUGCAGCUGGCUGCCAAGAUGGGCAAAGCCGAGAUCUUGAAGUACAUCCUCAGUCGGGAGAUUAAGGAGAAGCCACUCCGGAGCCUGUCCCGGAAGUUCACUGACUGGGCAUAUGGGCCUGUGUCAUCCUCACUCUACGACCUCACCAAUGUGGACACCACAACAGACAACUCGGUGCUGGAGAUCAUUGUCUACAACACCAACCUCGAUAACCGGCACGAGAUGCUGACUCUUGAGCCCCUGCACACGCUGCUGCAUAUGAAGUGGAAGAAGUUUGCCAAGUACAUGUUUUUCCUGUCCUUCUGCUUUUAUUUCUUCUACAAUAUCACCUUGACUGUCAUCUCUUACUACCGCCCACGGGAGGAAGAGGCUCUCCCACACCCCUUGGCCCUGACACACAAGAUGGGGUGGCUGCAGCUCUUAGGAAGGAUGUUUGUGCUCAUCUGGGCCAUGUGCAUUUCUGUGAAAGAGGGCAUUGCGAUCUUCCUGCUGAGACCCUCAGAUCUGCAGUCCAUCCUCUCAGAUGCCUGGUUUCACUUCGUCUUUUUUGUCCAGGCUGUGCUUGUGAUACUGUCUGUCUUCUUGUACUUGUUUGCCUACAAAGAGUACCUUGCCUGCCUUGUGCUGGCCAUGGCCCUGGGCUGGGCGAACAUGCUCUACUACACGCGGGGAUUCCAGUCCAUGGGCAUGUACAGCGUCAUGAUCCAGAAGGUCAUUUUGCAUGAUGUUCUGAAGUUCUUGUUUGUGUAUAUCCUGUUCUUACUUGGAUUUGGAGUAGCCCUGGCCUCGCUGAUCGAGAAGUGUUCCAAGGACAGUAAGGGCUGCAGUUCCUACGGCAGCUUCAGUGAUGCGGUGCUGGAACUCUUCAAGCUCACCAUCGGCCUGGGUGACCUGAACAUCCAGCAGAACUCCAAGUACCCCAUCCUGUUUCUUUUCCUGCUCAUCACCUAUGUCAUCCUCACCUUUGUUCUCCUCCUCAACAUGCUCAUUGCCCUGAUGGGAGAGACUGUGGAGAAUGUCUCCAAGGAGAGUGAGCACAUCUGGCGCUUGCAGAGAGCCAGGACCAUCCUGGAGUUUGAGAAAAUGUUACCAGAAUGGCUGAGGAGCAGAUUCCAGAUGGGAGAGCUGUGUAAAGUAGCAGAGGAAGAUUUCCGACUGUGUUUGCGGAUCAACGAGGUGAAGUGGACUGAAUGGAAAACACAUGUCUCCUUCCUCAACGAGGACCCCGGGCCUGUGAGACGGACAGCAGAUUUCAACAAAAUCCAAGAUUCUUCUAGGAGCAACAGCAAAACCACGCUCAAUGCAUUUGAUGAAAUGGAUGAGUUUCCAGAAACUUCGGUAUAGAAGCAGAAUCUGGAGCUGGUGUGAGCAUGGGCCAUCUGAUGCUGCAGGCUGGGUCCUGGACUCUGUGCUGAGGGCUCUGCAGAGGGCUGGGAGGCUGGCUCUGCCUGCCUAGAAGCAGGAAGCACCCUUGCUGGUCAAGAGGCUGAACUGAGCAGCAGCUGUUAGUUUGUCUGGGUGGGAAACACCCUGGAUUUUGUUACUUGGCAAAGAGUUUGUAUAAACCCGUGGCCAGCAGUCCUGAGCCAGGCAGUCCCUGCAGUCCGGGGUGAAGUCCCUGGGCUCACCCAUUGCAGGCUGGCUUGGCCUGGGAGAGAACAGAGGCAGGAAGGGGCCUGGGCCUGAAGAACAGAGCUUUCUUCCUGCCAUCAUCUCCGUGACAGUCCCCAGGCCCAGCCCACACAUGCCACCAUCUCCCUUACUGUGAGGUGGUCUCCUGAGUUUAAAAGGGAUUCUUGACCCCAUUGCAGAACAUACAGGGGGCUGAGCUCACUUGGAUAUUCUGGGGGAGGAGGGGAGCGAGCUAUGGAAUGCCCUUCCAGAACAGGGAACUACCUUGGAAAGGGUGCCUUGGCAUUCCAAGGCUCAAACUGUCUCCAACUGAGAGACCUUUUUAGUAGCAUAAUUAAAACAGGUUUUUAUUUUCAAUAGAGAAAAGACAUUUCAGUUCUGAACGAAAGUUACUUCAGAGGAAGUGGGUGAUUUUAAAGGCUGAGAACUAGAUUUUCGGAAUUGGGGGCUGGAUGUAAGUAUUAUAUAUUUGGCCUCAGGGUGGCCAGAGCGAGGACAAAAAGCUUUUCUUCACACACACAAAAGCCUACAUGAGCCCCACCAGCGAUCUGGGUGAAAGAGCACUGGCUGUCUCCUCGCCCUGGCUCUGCAGUCGUGCGAGCCUGCACGCUGGGAUCGUGGCUGCAUCUGAGGCAGAAACAGCCGCUGCUCUAUAUCAUCUGGAAUCUCAGAGGUCACUGUUCCACCUCAGUAUUCCUCAGGGGAGGACUUUCACAAGAUACCUGGACUGCUCUGGUAUUAAAUAUUUUUGUUAACUGUGAAUUUUGAGGCUGAGGAGAGGACAUAUGAGAAAGGAGCAUUAGCCAAGAUAUGGGGCUUAUUUUUAUAUCCUCAUUUUCUGCUUAUUUCCAACAUGAAGUUACAGAGUCAGAAUGGGAGCAGAGGUGAAGGGGAGAUGGGAGAAGUGUUCUGGCUUAUUGGAGCCAAAAUAACCAGAAAACUCUACUCUGCCUUGGUUCUCUGAUGACAGGAUUCAUGUGGGAAUUUCUGAGUUGGAAUUGUAUUAGCCAUGGGUUUUAAUUUGAAGUGGUGCAAAAAUAAAUUUGACCUUUAGACAACUUGGCAAUUAGCUAGUUAAGUCUGACUGGAGGCCAGCGGAGGUGGGCAGGCCAAGCAGUCCACUUCUGGCCCGUUUUUCUGCCCUAGGUUGCUCUGUGUGUCAGUUUACCCAGGUGGGUAGACAUUUGGCCCUCAUGCCCCGGAUGGGCCAGGUCAGGGAGAGGCCGGGUGGGCUGAGGAUGCGGUCUGAGAGCUGCACUGUCUGCAGCAGCCCUUUGCCCUCCGGCUGACUCACGGAGCCAACCAGUGCUCUGGGUUAGUGUCAGACCAAGCUCAGAUGUGAGCAGGGGUGGCGGGCACUAGGCAUGUGCUUUGGAGGAGAAGCUUUAGGGGAGACUGUCUUGGAGGCAGGAAAACAAAAUGUGUUCCAGAUGGGCAGAACUAGUCCUAAAGGUAGAAAUUUCAGAGAGAAGGAUUCUGGUUCAGUUCAGUCCAGCAACUGUUCCAGAUACGAGAGAUGUUUAAACAGAAGCUGGUGAGCACUUAUUAGGGAUGUUGUUAAAUGUCACAAUCAAAUGAGCUUUCAGGUCCUCUUAGCCUGGAGAUCAGUGUCUUGUGUCUGGAGUUACCGGCUUAUAUUUAUCUAGGACAGAUGUCUUGGUUUGAAGGGCAGCUAUUUGGAUCCAUAGCACCAUGGUCUACACCAUGGAGCCGGGCAUUCCAGAAUUGUUUAGACUCAGAUGCGAAUGGAUAAAGCCAUGACUCUCCAUUUCCCAUGUGAACAAUAGAUGGGAGGUUAGGCAAAUAGAAAUCAAUAAUGAGAUCUUUGUCCUUUUGCAUGUUUGGAGAGCUGCUGUCUGUGGAUCUGGAUGGAAUUUGUUGGCAGGACGCAUUUUUUGUAUUGGACGUUGAUCCCCACAAGGCUUUCAGCCAUGGCAGGUUUACCAAGGCAAAGGGAAACAGUGAGUCAAAGAGCCUUGGUUUAAAAGGACCAGUUCCCUUAUUUUACACCUGGAGACUAAGGCUCAGAAAGGAGAGUGGACUUGUUUCAGGUCAUGUGGGGAGUGGCAGCAGAGCUGCUGAAGCUGGAGUGUUUGAUUCCUGGAUCACACAUAUUCCCCCUGCAUUUUUUUUAAAGCAUUGUUAUUCAGUAAAUUCGAGUCAGCCUUUGUGGCUGGCAUAUCUACAUGCUCCCUGUAACAGGUUUAAAACUUAAAUGUGCACACAGGUGUGUGCAAAACCACACACACGCAUGUACCCCACCCCACCCCACACUGAAUCCAUGGGUGUAUCAGGACAUCUUAAAACUCCAUGAUUUACAUUUCAGUAGUUUAAAUUCAGUAAUUUAAGGGGAAUGUAUUUUCCAAGGAUGGAAUCUCCCAUGCUCAGACAACAGUUCUGGCUGGAAAUUUUCCUUUAGUUAAACUCUGCCUCAGGAAUAAUCUAUAAUUCUAGACAUUACUUGAUGUAUCUGGAAAAAAAUGGUGUUUACCUUCCUCCUUGGGAUAUGGGAGAAGGUGUGUGAGGCUGUACUGUGAAGUAAUUAAUCUCUUAGAAGGCUCCUGCUUAAGAUGGCCAGUAUUAUGAAUGUUCUUCUCCUUCUCAAGGCCUGGUGACCUGUGUCCUUUUGCUCUGGGCAGGGCCUAGGCAGACGGACCAUCAUCCUGGCCUAUAAGCUAUACUUGAUUUCCAUGUUUUUACUGUGAUCUUGGUCCCAAACAGAAUCGUCACCUUGUUCUCAUUGAAUGUGCCUGAUUCUUAUAAAUUCUAAUUUACAUACUUGUUCUUAGUGUUGUGUGUGUGUGUGUGAAACUCUCUGUUCAAGAAAAAAGUCUUAAGUAGGAUAAGAACAUUUUAGUGCUAUUGAAGAAAUACUUUUAUGAAAUCUAAUAAAUAUUUAUUUUGCUUGUUA